AUGAAUGAAGUUGUGACGAAAGGGGCGACGCUGGAUCUGUGUGCGGACCUCAUAGAGCGCGAGGAUGAGGCGAUGCGCGCGGCGGGAGCAGGACGUCGUCGAGCGACAAGCUCGAGCGAAACCGAACGCGAGGAAGACGUGCCAUGGGGCACACCGACGAAGGCGGCGGUGGAACGAUUUGCAGAAGAGCUGGAGGUGGUUCUCAAAGAGAAGGAGAACGCGGUGAUUGGACUUGAGAAGACUUUGGCAUCGAAGCGCGAAGCGACGCUUGCAUUUGAGCAGCAAAGAGCGCGGGCAGCGCAGAGCGAAAAAGCGCUGCACUUCGCCGAAGGCGAGAUUGUGAGACUAUCGAAGAAGGUGAAUGAGCUCUCCAAAGUUUUGGAAGGCUCGAGGGCAGAGUCCGCCCAACGUUGGGAAAAAUUAAAGAAGGUAGAGAAGCGACUUGCGGAGGCGCAAGCCAAGGACGAGGAAAAUCUGCGUGCGCUUGCGAUGCUUCGAAAAGAUUUGCAAACUGAGCGUCAAAUGAACAAGUCAAAAGAAGCCGAGAUAUCUCGACUGCGCGAUGCGUUCCGAGAUGUCAGCAACGGUAAAAAGAUUGAAAACGUGGGUGAUGAGCAGAAUUUGAAGCGAAUUCAAGACCUGGAAGAAAAGAUUGUUCAGUUGGCUGUUUCCGUAUCAAAGCAGUCUUCUGCAUCUUCAGUACCACGACGUUCGAACGAGCGCGAGUUGAAUUUGUUAGUCCACGAGCUCGCUAAAGAAGAGUUGAAAUCCAGAGCUCGAGCGGACGCCGCUGAGCAACUCGUUACUACGAUGCGAGCAGAGUUAGAUUCAAAGACGGUCGAAGUUAUCACGCUGCGUCAGCACAUCAAUACUCUUGAUCAAAAACAUCCCGUUAGAACCAUCUCACGCGGGUCCUUAGACUCACCGCGAUCGGUGUCAGUUUCUCUAGAAGAGAUUGAUCAGAACCUUCAACGAAGUUGCGAUCGCGCCGAACAGCUUUGCCAACGUCUUUCAACGGUGAUGUCUUCUGGUGGAGCAUCAACGGGUGGAUAUUCUCAGAGAAUGAUGGAAACCCCUCUUAGUGUGUCGAGCGAUCGUUCAGAGGACAAGAUUCGCGAGCUUCAAGAAGCGCUUGAUGAUCAAUCUCAGCGUCGAGACGAGGCUGAGAAACUGGCAGCCAAGGCGGCGAGUGAUGCAUCAGCCUUGCGAGAUUUGAUCACCGCAGAACGCAUAGCAUCUGCUGCUGCAAUGAUGGCUGAGUCGAGGGGCUUGACAGGAGCGUAUGUCGCGCGAGGAAAUACGCACAAUAUGUCUCCAUCAACUUCUGAUGUCACAUCGACACCGAGCCGUAGUCCUCGACCGUUUCAACACACACCACGAACGACGUCGUCGAUCUUCGGAGGUGCUCCCGUAGGCCUUUCAAAAGAGUUGGAAGAAGCGCGGCGCACCGCUAAUAAAGAGCGUAAGCGCGCGGAAGUGGCCGAGGAGACAAUAUCUCGAUGGAGCCGUCUCGCAGAUUAG